AUGGGCGCCAGGAGAAGAAUGGGCCCUGCUACCAGAGCGCAAGAUCGCCUGCACUCUAUGCGAUUGAGAAGUGAGAAAAGACUCAACAAGCACAAUGGAAAAGAAGAUGCCAGCAUGGAGGAUGCCCCGGAGGUCUGCAAGACCCCGACCGCGCCUCCUCGAGAGCCCACCACCCCACAACAAUCACCAGAACAGCUGAGAUGUGAGAUACCGAUGCAAGCUCAACACUUCCCUUGCAAUCCUCCAGAAAACCAGUAUCUACCCACACAGCCUGAACGGGAUACCCCUCCUACAACUCCGACCCACGAGUCCCCCCAAAGCCAACUGGGCUCAGAGCUCCAGAGCCACAUUGCAGCAGCAGUGGCAUCGAAAACAUCGCAAAUAAAGACCACCGGAGAUGAGGUUCUAGAGCUUGUCUCCAUGGUUAGCCAGAAGGUCAUUGAUUGGGAAAAGCAGAGUGUAACGGGCUAG